AUGGCAAACGAACUCACGGCAGCCCCGGUGCUCUCCACCCCAGAAGACCAUCUGUUCGAGUACCAAGAACCAGUAGCCGACCCCAAGGGCCCGAGGUCCGACGACGAGCUUCGAGAAACAUACGAGGUCGCGCGAGUUGCUCGAGAAGUACGGCACGGGGCCCACAGGCGAAUCGCCCUUCAGUUCCCUGACCAUAUGCUCGGCGACGCCCCGAAAGUCGUGACACUGUUGCAAGAGGAGCUGGACCGUAUACCACAAACCGAAGACAGGGAGGGCGAGAAGGAAAGCGCAGGGGACAGGAAACAACAGCAGGACAAGAUAUACAUCUUAGCAGACACUUCUUACAGCUCCUGCUGCGUCGACGAGAUAGCCGCCGAACACAUCGAUGCACACGUCGUCGUCCACUUUGGCCGCUCUUGUCUUUCUCCAACAUCAAGACUGCCAGUCAUCUACGUCUUCACCAAGCAUGCCCUCAACCUUGAUGACGCCUUGCAAACUUUCGAGUCCGAGUUCCCAGAAAAAGAAUCGAAAAUCGUUCUUAUGGCAGACGUGACGUACCAGGACCACGUUCCCGAAUUAUAUCGGCGUGCCCGGGAACGAGGGUACAAGGAGCUGCUAUCUACCAGGAUACAACAUGAUCCCCUAGGAAGCAUACCAAACCGAAUCAUCGUAGAUCCUGACGACAAACAAGUCGUCGUUGACGAGAAAGAUGGCAUCGACCUGAAGCAAUAUUCCAUAUUCCACGUCUCAUCACCGCCAACCGCCCUGCUGUUGGCCCUCUCCUCCCGCGUAUCCUCCCUCCACAUCUUUGCAACACCGGACUCUCCAUCCUCAUAUUACUCUCCAGCCCGGACGACCCGCGCCCUGCUCGGCCGCCGCUACGCAAAGCUGCUCAACCUCACUACAGCCGGCAUAAUAGGCAUCUUGGUCAACACAUUAUCCGUGGCCAACUACCUUUCGUCCAUCGACGCGAUACGGAAACAGAUCGCCGCCGCGGGAAAGAAGAGCUACACCGUCGUGGUGGGUAAGCUCAACUCGGCCAAGCUGGCUAAUUUCGCCGAGAUGGAUGGCUGGGUGGUCGUCGGCUGCUGGGAGAGCAGUCUCGUCGAGGAGGACGCGGGCUUCUACAGGCCUGUCCUUACACCUUUUGAGCUGGAAGUUGCGCUCAAGCCGGACGAGGAGAGGGUCUGGGGACUGAGCUGGUGGGGCGGCAUUGAAAGUGUUAAGGCUGUCGAAGACAAGCCUGAGGGCACUGGACCGGACAAGGCGGAUGACAAUGUCACCGGAGACAGUGGGGUAGAGGUGGACGCGGACGACGAUGAGGACGACGUACCGGUGUUCGAUCUUCGAACGGGAAAGCUAGUGUCGAAUGCUCGGCCUAUGCGCGUGGCGGCUCGCGCGGCUCGCGCGGCCAAGGGAAACGUGGAAAAGGAAAACACGGAAAAGGAUCCAGCGACCGCCAAGCAAUCAGAUGCGCUGGCUGUGCGGGCAAAGUCGGAACUGGCAACUAUCAACGGCGUAUUCAGCCCUGGCGCGGAAUACCUCCGAUCGCAGAGGACAUGGCAAGGACUAGGAGCCGAUUUCGAAGAAGAGAAAAGCGCUCCUAUCGAGCAAGGAAGGAGUGGCGUCGCGAGAGGGUACACAGUUGGUCAGGACGACGAGAGAAGAUGA